AUGGCAUACGGCUCUAUCGCUGCCCCGAAGCUCGCCGAGGAGCUGCCGGCUUUUUCCUACCCCCUGGCCGGCGGUGCAGAACUCACCACCCACGCUGUUCACGGCGAAGCCUCCGAGGAGGUCAUGCGGUAUUUCCACAAGAUCUUUGAAGCGGAGCUAGAAGAAGGCAGGACUUAUCCACAAGAAGGACCCAUGGGGUACGAGGCGUACAAAGCGUACUUCUUCUCCUCGACAACUAUCAUCGGGGUUGUACACUCGACACCCCUCGAGAAGGCUCCUCAGUCACUGGAAGAAGCGACGGCAGGUCGCAGUGUCGAGGAAGCCAUCGGUGGAUGCAACUACAUAAAGCCGAACUAUCCAGGAAGAUCAAGCCAUAACUGUAACUCCGGCUUCUUGGUCCCGCCUGUGCAAAGAGGCAAGAAGAUUGGUGGAGCCCUGGCGAAGGCCUUCCUGGAGUAUGCACCUCGCCUAGGAUACCGUGCGAGCGUCUUCAAUCUUGUCUAUGAGAACAACAUCGCCAGUCUCAAGCUCUGGGAUGCACUCGGCUUCAAGCGGGUUGGGCUUAUCCCUGGUGCUGGACGUCUGCGGACCAAGGACGGCAAGGGCGAGGAGUACGUGGACGCCGUGGUCAUACACAAGAGCUUCGUAUGA